CUGCUUUCAUGCAUCUUGCCGUCGUUGUCUGAAACAGCGGGACGCAUAUGAAUGAGUCCACCUAUUCGCGUAAGUCUUUACAUGUAGCUGAAGUGAUGACAAGAUUCAGUAUACCGACUCCUUCUCAGUGCACCGUCUCUGUCCGUUCGCUCCGCAUUCGAUGGACUAAAAUAAUGCCACAUAUCUCCCCCUCCCAUCCCUUGCAUCAAACCAAAAUAUAUCUGUUCCGAAAUCUCACAUCUCACAUCUCCAAUCCUCCUUCCCUUUUUCUUUCCCCCACCAUCCCAUCUCAACCUCCAUGCCACCUCACCGUCUCCCCUUCCCUCUCUCCUCAAACCACCCUCUCCAUCUCACCUCCCCCUCCUCUCAUCCCUUUCCUUCCCCCUCUCCUUUCAAACGCACCCUCCACUCCCUCACCACAACCUCCACCCGCCUCCUCUUCUGGCUCUACGACGAAAAAUGGAUCUACGUAGUCUGGUUUAGCGUGGUGGUUUUGUUUUUGAGUAUAAUUGGAUGGAUUUGUGAGUAACGACACUCUACACAUACGCAUACAACAAAAAGAAUUUUCUUUUUUUUUGCGGAUGUAUGGAUGGAUGGAUUUUAACACUAACUAUGGCUUGUGGAAAUAGUUUAUAAAAAUGGUAGGACAGAGGGGUGGAGUGCGAAUACUACGACGAAUUCGAUGAAUACUACGAAUAUUACCUCUGGGGAGGGGAUGUUGAAGCCUUUGGUAUACGUAUAGGGUGGGGGGGGGGGGGGGGGAAGGGAUGGUUUGGGAAUGGAUUCGAGG